UGGUUGCAGCCCCGAAGACAAACGCAUACACGUCCCUUUAGCAUCUCGGUCACCCCGGGACAGUGGCUGUCACUCUAGUCCAUUUCAGGAGGUGCAGUCACUAGCUGGCUGGAUGAGGGACGCUGGAGAUGAGCCUUUGCGGGCCUGAGCUGGGUAGAGGGACACACUCCAGCAUCUUCCUGGGGGGAUUGUUUAGACAAGGUCAGCUGGCCCGUCACGUGAAUGAUUAAAAGUUGUUACCUAGGAGAGGAAACCAGAAAGAGGGUCUGGCUUUGGGAGUUGGCUUGGAAACUACAAAACUGAGCUUCUUGGGAAUGCCUUUUUGCCUAACAGGAAGUGGAGCGUCACCCAAAGGGAGGGAGACUGUCCCCUGCUCCGGGCGCUCACUUUGCGGGAGGCGCAUUUCCUAGGUUAUCAAUUGGACCAGUAAAGAGGUUGGAAGCCUGAUUUAGGAAAGGGGGUGGGAAAGAGGCAAGCAAAGGAGACUCCCUUUCCGUUUUAUGCGAACCAAGCUGCAAAUAAACCUGCUGGCCACGCUGCAAUCCUCUGCACUGGAGCACCAAGAGAGCCUGUUCCUGUCGAGCACUGAAGCCGUAGGGAAGCUGCUGUGAAAAAUUAGCAACACAAUGAGGUGUUGCCACAUCUGCAAACUUCCUGGAAGAGUCAUGGGGAUUCGAGUGCUUCGUUUCUCCCUGGUGGUCAUCCUUGUGUUACUGCUCGUAGCUGGAGCUUUGACCAAUUUGCUCCCCAACAUCAAAGAAGACAAGAUGCUCACGCUGCGCCGGGAAAUCAAGCCCCAGAGCACGCCGGCCCUGGAUUCUUUUACUCUCAUUAUGCAGACAUACAACAGAACGGACCUCUUGCUAAGACUCUUGAACCAUUAUCAGGCAGUACCAAAUCUGCACAAAGUGAUCGUGGUGUGGAACAAUGUGGGCGAGAAGGGGCCGGAGGAGUUAUGGAAUUCUCUCGGGCCUCACCCUGUCCCUGUCGUCUUCAAACCACAAACAACGAACAAAAUGAGAAAUCGACUCCAGGUCUUCCCCGAACUGGAAACCAAUGCAGUAUUAAUGGUAGAUGAUGACACUCUCAUUAGUGCCCAGGACCUUGUCUUUGCUUUCUCAAUUUGGCAGCAAUUUCCUGAUCAGAUUGUAGGAUUUGUACCUAGAAAACACGUCUCUACUUCGUCCGGUAUCUACAGCUAUGGAGGUUUUGAACUGCAGACACCAGGGCUCGGGAACGGUGACCAGUACUCCAUGGUGCUCAUCGGAGCCUCCUUCUUCAACAGCAAAUACCUUGACCUCUUUCAGCGACAGCCUGCGGCCGUCCAUGCGCUGAUCGAUGAGACACAAAACUGCGAUGAUAUCGCUAUGAAUUUCAUCGUCACCAAGCACACUGGCAAGUCUUCCGGGAUAUUUGUGAAACCUAUAAACAUGGUCAAUUUGGAGAAAGAAACCAAUGGCUAUUCUGGAAUGUGGCAUCGGGCAGAGCACUUUCUGCAGAGAUCUUACUGUAUAAAUAAGCUUGUUAAUAUCUACGAUGGCAUGCCCUUAAAAUACUCCAACAUUAUGAUUUCCCAGUUUGGUUUUCCAUAUGCCAACCACAAAAGUAAAAUGUGAACAGGAAACAAACAAAAACAGACCCGAAAUACUGCUAGGUUUUUGAGUGGCUUCUCCAUGCUGUGUAUUUUUGGUUUUUAAGCAACACCAUGAACAUUUAUCUAGUCCACAAGUCUCUACAAUAGAAAAACAAAACAAAACAAGAAACGUAUGCAGUACUUCUAGUAUGUAAAACACAUGAACUUCAAAAGCCAAGAAGCCCGUCUUACCCAGACAGGCCUGUUUGUGAAAAGCUUCUGUCCAAGGUUGAAACUCCUUGGUCGUGAUCUUAUUGUUUACAUCUCGAGACCGCUCUCCAAUUUGUUUGAGCCCUGGCAUUUGCCUUAAGGACCGGCAGCAAGCUGCUUCCAGGACCAGAGACUCAAAUAGACCAUUUCCAGCUUUUCAGUGAAGGUUGAUUGUUUUUUUUAUUUGAAGCCUGAAAUAUUUCUUCAGCUAAUGCCUGUGAUAUAGGGAAAAGCCAUGUAAGGAGAGUUUAGUCUGAACCCCGUGUCGAGAACCAGGAAACUUCCUGGUAGCCAGUGUCCUUUGUGGCCCUUCUAACCAGAAACAACUGUGCCCAGCAUGGUUUUGAUGAAGCAGUCAAUGCCGGUAAUUUUGCUGUUAAGCGUGUUGUGACUGGGAGGGUAAGUUUUCAUGGCUGACCAGUCUCUAAUUGUUUGCUUGGUGUUUCUGUGAGCCUUCCCUGCAUGGAUCACUAAAAUGUGCAGCCCAUGUCUCUUACAUGCAACCUAUAUGCAACAAGGAGUCAAUGUGUUACUGCAGUCCGUCACUGUGUGUGACCAGGAGAAUGUACAUUAUUUCUUACAUUUUACAGAAUGUGUUUAAUAAAUAGUAUAAAAGAACUUCUGAAAGAAUAGAA